ACGGCAAAGAGAAAACACGUGAAAUAAAGGAAAGAAAUAAUAUUUUUUUUUGUUGGAAUUUUUUUUUUUUGAAUUAAAUUGUGAAAAAUUAUUGUAAAAAAAAAUUUUUUUGGGUAAAGAAAACAAAAUUAUUUUUGUUUAAAAAUUUCAAAAGAAUUGUAAAUGAAUUUCAAAAGAGUAAAAAUAAUUAAGAGAAAUUUUUAAUUUUAUUUAAAAAAUCAAGUAUUGAAAAAAUAAAAUAAUUAAACAAUACAAUUUAAUAUUUUUGCUGAGUGUAAAUUUUCUUUGAUAAAAUUUAUUUUUUUUUUUUAAUUUUGAUCGGAUCGCAAAGUAUUCAGUCAUCUGUUGAAUAAAAAUUAAACAAAAGAAGGAAAAACAAAAAAUUUCUAAUAAAAAUCGACAAAAAAAAAAAUUUAAUAAACAAAAUGAGUAAAACAAGAAAAGUCGCACCAGAUGGGGGUUGGGGUUGGAUGGCGUGUUUUGGUGUCAGUUUAGUAAAUCUUGCCACUAGAUCUCUUGAGCCAUCAUUUGGUUUACUUUUUGGUGAUUUAUUGCGUGAUCUUGAAGUUGGGACAACUGGAGCUGCUGUGAUUAUAAGUGCCUUGGAUGUAUGUAUGAAUUUUUCGGGUUUAUUAGUUGGACCACUGUUAAAGGAAUUUUCAUAUCGUAAAGUAGCGGUAGCUGGAUCAUUAUUUUGUUGGAUUGGAUUAGCAUGUACAACACCAGCAAAUAGUAUGGCUCAUAUAUUAGCUACUUUUAGUGUAAUUAAUGGUAUUGGAGUUGGAUUAUCAACAUCAGCUGCAUUUGUAGCACUCAAUCAUUAUUUUAAACAUAAACGAGGUCAAGCUGUUGGUUUAUCAAUGGCUGGAACAGCACUCGGUAUGCUUGUUAUACCACAAUUUGUACGAAUAUUAUUAGAUGCGUACGGAUUUAGAGGAGCAGUAUUAAUAAUAUCUUCAAUAAGUUUUCAUGCUCUAGUCGGUUCAAUGCUCUUACAGCCAGUUAAAUGGCAUAUGAAAGAAGAAGUAAUUGAUGUUGAAUUAAUGCCAGUACCAGAAAUUAUUGAACCUGAACCACUUCUUAGUGAAAAACCAAAAAAGGAACAAGAAGAUCAACAAAAUGGUCAUGAAAAGGACAAUAAGCAAGAACAACAGAAGGAAAAUGAAUUGAACGGCAACAAUAUACCAGCAAAUGGUAAUGGUAAAUUGUUAACUGUUGGUAACGGUAAUGAGGAUGAAGAAGAUGCUUUACCUGAAUUAAAUACGCUUUUAUUUAAUAAACACAAUAAUAUGCAAAAUAAUAUGAGAAAAAAUUAUUCUGAAGUUGCAAUGAGUACAAUGUUCAAUGGUACAAGAAUGGGUAUACCAAAACGGCCAACAUUUCCACGUAUAAUGUCUUUAGGUGGUGUACAAUCAGCUGCUGGUGCUGAUGCUUUAUCAAAUCCUGAUGUAACGCAGCAGAUUAGAAAUCGGAAACUAUCAGUUACGUCAAAUUUGUCAUUAUUAGAUUUUGGAGGUAGUAUUGUUCAAGUGCACAUAAACACGGGAGACGAUGAACUUGAAAAAUAUGAAAAAGAAUUCCGUCGUGUAAGCACACAGUUAGGUAUACCAUUUGGUACUGGUAUGAGUAAAGCAGAUUCUUUUAUUAAAAUGAAACCAAUUGAAACGGAAAAAUUACCGGAGAUUAUACCACAACCAAAGCCUGGAUUUUGGAGACGUUUUGCUGAUCUUAUGGACAUUGAUCUAUUACGUGAUAAAAUAUUCUUAAAUCUUCUUUUUGGUCUGUCAAUAUUUUAUGUUGCUGAAAUGAAUUUUAAAAUGGUGACACCAUUUUUCUUUGCAAAUCUUGGAUAUGAUAAAGGUGAUGUUGCUUUUUGUUUAUCAAUAACUGCAGUAACUGAUAUUCUGGCAAGAAUAAUUUUACCACCGUUAUUUGAUAAAACUACUAUAAGAAAGAGAACUGUAUUUUUAGUAUCAAUCGUUUUUGUUGCUAUUACUAGGUCAAUUGUUGCAGAGCAAACUGAAUGGACACCUUUAAUCAUAUGGUUAUCUAUUGCUGGAUUUUUUAGAGGAAUUGCUUUAAGUAAUUUUACUUUAACUGUUUCUGAGUAUUGUUCGCUAGAGAAAUUACCUUCAGCAUUUGGUUGGCAUUUAGUAGGAAAAGCAAUAUUUGUUGUUUGCUUUGGACCUUUGAUAGGUGCAAUACGUGACAUAACAAAUAGUUUUCCAAUUUGUAUUCAUGUGCAAAGCUGUUGUAUAUAUACAUGUGCAAUUGCAUGGUCAAUCGAAUACUCUAUUCAAUAUUUUAGAAGUAAAGGAAAAGCCAAAGAUCAAGAAGUUAUGGUAUCAACGUAACAUUUAAAUUAAUUGAAUUGAUAAUCUAAGAUUAAAAUAAAACAAAAGAAGAAUAAUAUUUUAAUUAUUAGAUUAAUAAUUAAUUAAAUUUUAUAUUAUAGAAAACACAAAAAUAUUUGUAGAACAAAAUAAAAUUAAUUAAAUUAUGUACUUAUAAGUUAUUAGCUUUAAAAAAAAAUUUAUUAAUUUAAAACUAGUUAUGAAAACUAGUAAAAGAUAUAAAAAAAAUAUUUUUAAUAUAAUGAAUAAU